AUGGGAAAGAACGAGAUUAUCCAAGCCACUGGCGGCGGCAACAUGUCGUCCGGCGGCUUCGCAGCCCGCGCUCAGGCCGCUGGUGACCGCAAUGCCAACACCAAUGCCGGCUCUGGCCGCGUGUCCUACGCCGGCCCGCAGUCCGGAGGAGCUGGCGCCGACUCGGGAAACCAGCAGACGUGCACCGGCUCCGGCAAGAAGUGA